AGAAAUUGACGUUCUGUUUUUAAAUAAUUAAACACCGAAAUGGCGCCUUGGUUGGAAUUACCGUUUGAAAUAAACGACGUUUCGCCGGAGGAAAAUAAACUUAUAACAAAUUGUCUUUUAGGUUACACCAAACCUUUCGUGAAAUGCGGGAAGAACGGCUACGUAAUGCCUGGGGCGUUCAAAAAGCACGCCGAGACCAUAUACAACAUGGAAGUGAGACCCGACGAUGUGUGGGUGGUCACAUUCCCUAGAUCAGGAACAACGUGGACUCAAGAAAUGGUCUGGCUCCUUAAAAACGACCUAGACUACAAUAGGUCCAAAGAAAUUCCCCUGCAUGAGAGAUUUCCUAUGUUAGAAUUGACAUCAAAGAUACCUGAAUUGGCUUAUAACUUCAUCAAAGUAAACUUCAUGAACAUAGGACAUUUUCAAGGAUUGGAUAAAGCGGCCAAAACGCCCAGCUGGGAGCUUUUAAGAGACGCUCCAUCCCCUCGUUUCAUCAAAACACAUUUACCACUGUCUCUUCUACCUCCCAAGCUUCUAAAGACGGCCAAGGUAAUCUACGUGGCUAGAGACCCUCGAGAUGUUGCGGUGUCAUACUAUUACUUACAUAAAUUAACGAUGAAGAGCAUGAUAAGGACUUCGUUCCGGACUUUUUGGGAGACGUAUAAAAGGGAUUUAUUGCCAUGGACACCAAUUGUAGCGCACACAAAUGAAGCCUGGAUGAAAAGACAUGAACCGAAUCUCCAUUUUGUAUUUUAUGAAGAUAUGAUUAAGGAUCUGAAAAAAGAAGUACAUAGGAUAAGCAAGUUCCUGGGAACAACCCAAUACUCGGAUAAGGAGCUCGAGCACCUCAGCAGUUACCUCAGCUUUGACAGCCUCAAGAAGAACAAGGCAGUCAACAACACUGUCAAUGGAAAUGGAAUACAGUUUAUAAGAAAAGGAGAAGCGGGUGGCUGGAGAUCGCACUUUAAUGCCAAGAUGGAAGUAGAAGCCGAAGAAUUCAUGUCAUCCAGGCUGCAGGGUUUAGAUCUCAAAUACCCCUCUUUUAGCCCAAACAAGGAAUGUUCUUACUUAUGAACAUUCGUGUGAGUGUAGAAUAUUUUCUAUUAGGAAUGUGACUCUCUGCUGCCGUUGGUUGUUUGGAUGCACUCGAAGGUCAUCUCUGAUCGAAGCGUCUAUAGAAAUCAAUUCUUAGUGGCUU